UCCCGCGGCACCAUUUAUAUUUCUGCACCGAACAUGAGGCUGUGGCGCCCACCACCACAGCAAAUAGAUAAAUAUCGAGUGGGAUAAGGAUUAGUGAGGUGGCCUAUAUGUCCCACAGACAGCAAAUCUGAACGGAACGAACAAAAAGAGGAGAAAAAUCGCCUAACUGCUAUUUUAGUCAACUGCAUCAUUGUUCUCACGGAGAUCGCCCCAAGGGGGGGAGAGAAGGAGGGAGUACCCUCCUGCCCGCCUGCCUGCCUGUGCGUGCAUGGAGCUGCAACUGUGCCUUUUUCCCACUAUAUCUAAUUUUUUAAUCAAACCGCAGCUGAAGACAAAGCCCUCCACUGUGUGAGCCGGAGCGCACGGGACGGACGCUGCACUCGGUGCACGGGGCAGGUGUAUUUGGCCAAGCGGAGGCGCACGCGGGGCGCAGAGAAGCAGGAGCGACGCACAGCACAGCAGCCUGCAGACCUCAACACCUGCUACAAAGCCUUCAUCCUCAGAUGUGCUGCUUCUUAACGCUUUUAUUCCGUUGUAAACAAUUACUGGAUUCUUCCACCUGCAACUUAUAACCGAAGUGAUGGACGCAUACCUCGUUGGGAAAACAGUUUUACGCACAAAAGCGCACAGUUGGCUUCACUGAACUCAAUCUUAUUCUCAUCAUUAAGGACAUUAGUGCUUUUGCGAGGAUGCCCGGAGCACCACCCUUCUACAUCGGGAUGGAGGUGGUGAUCGCUGUCGCGUCUGUGAUCGGGAAUGUGAUGGUGGUCUGGGCGGUGAAAAUUAACAAGUCGCUGCGAGAUAACACGUUUUGCUUCAUCGUCUCUCUGGCUCUGGCGGAUAUUGCAGUGGGCGCCCUCGUCAUCCCGCUGGCCAUCACCAUCAGCAUCGGACUUCAGACUCACUUUUACAGCUGCCUGCUCGUGGCGUGCACGGUGCUGGUGUUGACGCAAAGUUCAAUCCUCGCCCUCCUGGCUAUAGCAAUUGACCGCUAUCUCAGGGUCAAGAUCCCGACCAGGUACAAGCAGGUGGUGACCCCUCGGCGAGCGGGGCUGGCGGUGGUGGUAUGCUGGACGGUGGCUUUCAUCGUGGGCUUCACGCCCAUGUUGGGCUGGAACAACCUGAGGCGACUCCAGCAGGACGGCCUCAACAGCUCCAACCUCAUGAUCACCUGCCAGUUUGAAAAUGUCAUCAGUAUGGACUACAUGGUGUAUUUUAACUUCUUCAGCUGGGUGCUGCCGCCCCUCCUCCUCAUGCUGGUUAUCUAUGCAGAGAUCUUCUACGUGAUCCACAAGCAACUCAACAGAAAGAAGUUCACCACCAGCCACACCGACCCCAACAAGUACUAUGACAAGGAGCUGAAUCUUGCCAAAUCCCUGGCUCUGGUCCUUUUUCUCUUUGCUGUCAGCUGGCUCCCCCUGCACAUCAUCAACUGCAUCACACUCUUCUGCCCCGACUGCGAGAAGCCCUUAUCCGUCAUCUACAUCGCCAUCCUGCUCACCCACGGCAACUCCGCUGUCAACCCAAUCAUCUACGCUUUUCGCAUCAAGAAGUUCCGCACAGCCUUCCGGAAAAUCUGGCACCAGUACUUCUGCUGCAAGGACACGCCAGCUCUGGAGAUUCAGCCCAGCGACAGGAAGGAGAUGCCCCAUUCAGAGCCACUGCAGGCCCUGUCACCGCAGAAGGACAUCCCUAAGUCGGAUCCACCACCACAGCUGCAGUCUCCACCUGAGCAGCAGCAGCAGAACCAGAGGCCCGAACCACUGCAGCAGCCUAAAGAGCAUCCGCCCUCACUGGAGCAGAACACAGUCUAAGCCAAGGGAUGGAACUGAUUACUGGGCUGAAAAAGUAAUGAUCAGUGCACAUGCAUUGGCUCGCUCCUCACCUGAAUGUAAUCUAGUGGGGAGUCUGAAGUGCUACGAUGAAGUGACUGAAAUAAAUACUAGAAUAAAUACAGGAAGGUCAUUUAUCUGUAUUUCAGGAGGAGAGGAUUUACUGAAGGCUUGGUGAGAAAAGAAAAACAAGGCAAAAAGGGUAUUUAUAAACCUCGCAAUAAUGGAAGUUGUAUUGACAGCGACAGUGUCUAUCUUAGUAACAGACUGAAGAUAUUAAGCUUUAACAGUUUGGUUCCUUUUGGUGAAACAACUUGGUGUGAACAUUACAAAAACGUGCAAUGUAAGUUAUUGUGGUUGCGCAGUAUCAGAUUCUCAAAACUCCUGUACUACUGUGUGUGUGUGUUUCAACUGACAGUGGCUGAAGAACAUGAAUGUAAAAAUAAUGUAAAUAGGGGACUGUGGCAGCACAGCUGUGAAUGCUCAUCACUUCUUCAGGGUCUUAAUAGCACAACAGUGGCAGAGCAAGUAGCACUAUGGGAUAUAUAUCUCUGCAGCGAGGCGGUGUGCAUGUUUUUCACUCCCAUAACUCUUCCCCACUGGAGCGGAGACCUUCAGUCACCCAGCAGCAAGGAUCCAUUAAAACGGAGGUGGCCAGGGAUAAGAAACAAACAGCUGGAGGGAAUGGGAGCUUCUAACCUUUUAGAAGCUGCGUGCAGGAAACCGAUGUCUGCAAGACGAAAGCAAGUCACAGGGGAGAGAGACCAGAUGCACUUAAAGCCCCUGUUUAUCCAGCCUCCGUGGCAGCUGGUGCUAUGAUCAGGCUUUUUGUGUUUUGUUUUUUUUUUCUGUUCCCCCCACGUGGACUGAUGAUAACCUUUACCCCAACUGACCACUAGAGACAGUGGCUUCCAUGGCCUUAUUCAGUAUAUCAAUUCGAGGGACUGGACUAGAAAGGAUAACCUGAAGAUUGUGAGUAUCUUAACCACACGACAAGCUCAACUUUUUUUUGCAUACAGCCAAACUCGAGCGUGUAGAGAUUAAACUAUGGUCAGUGUCGCUGGCUUGAAAAGAAAAGACUGUGUAAGAAUGUAAAGUCAUUUUGUUGUGUCUCUUGUGAAGCCUCCGAGCUCUGGUCUCACUGAUGUUCUCCUAAGUGGGUGACAAUCUCUUAUGUAAGACAUUUUCUCUCGCUGCCUGGAACAAACAUCUUUCUGUCAGGGACGAGCAGGGAACAUUUUGACGACCGACGAACAGUGUCAACUGAAACCUUGAUUCAAUCUGCCCCACCUGUCUACAAAUCAUACAGGCCAGGUACACUGUACAUAUCACAGAUGUGAGGAAAACAGUGGAUGAAUAAAUGUAUGAUAAUCUUGUGCUUUCUAUAGCUUAUUCUUUUUCUAGGUGACCUUUACAAUGUUGAUCCCCAUAGGACAGCGGAAAAUACAAAUUAGUUUCACUGUUUUAUGUUUUGUUUUUUUUUUGCGCUAGAUGAAUGACUUGUGGUGCAAACGUUAGGACUGAGCACACAAUCCAAACCUGUCAGCCAGUAAUUAUGUGAAAGAAAUGUAGUCCAUGCAUCCAAUAUCUUUACCACUUGUCUUAGGGGGUCUCGUGGGAUGUUAGAGCCAAUCAGAGCUAACAUUGGGCGAGAGGCAGGGUACCACCUGGACAGGUCGUCAGCGAAUCGCAGGGCUAAGAAACGUAAUGCUGAUUACUUCUGCCAAAGAGGCUAUGUUUUCACCCCCGUCGGUUUGUUUGUUGGUUGAUUGGUUUGUUUGUAAGCAAGAUGACACACAAAAAACUGAAUGAAUUUCUGCAAAAAUUUGUGAAGGAUGUGGUAUGGGUCAGAGACGAACACAUUCUAUUUUAGUGUGGACAUUUUUCACUUUUUUUUAAGAUCGGGACUUAGGGCUUCUUUCAACAUUUUCACCAUUUCAGGGGGAAAUGAUACAUGGAUCUUAAUAUAACAUAUCAGGCACACUGUGGGGACUGAUAUCAUUGAGUUUGUGGAAGUUUGUGAGUUGAGUUGAAUUUAAUGGGACUGCUGGGCCUUGGUGGAGGUGUCCACUCGACUUGUUGGAUUAUGAUUUCCAUAAACAUCCUGGUUUCAAAAUGUUGUCAUCUGGUCUGGUAAAAAUGUAGAUACAGAAUGUCAAGUUAUUUGUUAAUGUCAAGUAUUUAUUUGCCAAUCUUGCGCUGUAACUGCUCGCAGUGACUACAACUUUAUUAAACUUUGUAUGGUUUAAGGCACAGCAAAGUCUUGUUUAACACAAAAAGAAGUCUCAGCUGAUUUUCAGCAUGAGACAUGUAUUUAUUACAGUUUAACAAAAAAUGUCCUUAACCUGACACUGUUGUGUUUCUCACAACAAUGUAACUGAGAAACCAAUGUGAUAUACAUAACGUCUGGAGGAAAAAUUCUGAGUGCACUAAUUUCAUAAGAACAACUACUUUAUGUUAACAGUUAGUCUCACUAAAGGGGUCGAUUGAAGUCUGCAUUGCUUUGGUUUGUUGCUUUAUUUGACAUUUCUUGUAUUGUUUUUCUUUCUAGACACAACACAUCAGUCAUAUUUUCUACCCAUUCACUCCUCUUGACAAGG